CUCAACAAAUUAAUUAAAAAAUCAUUCAUCUCCUCUCCUCACCUCCUUCAGAAGCAAAGUUCGAAUUUUGUGUGUUUGCUUCUUCUUCUUCAAACGUAACCCAGAAAUCGUUUGCAGAUUCUCAUCGAUUAAUUCUUAAUUUCUCUCCUUAACCCUUCAAUUUCGGUCUAUAAAAAGAUGAGCUUUCAGGAUUUGGAAGCAGGGAAGCCAUUGAAACUACCGCAAAGGAAUUUGAUCAACGGCAAAAAAGAUGGGACACAAGCGGUGGCUUCAGGUAUCUUUCAGAUCAACACGGCGGUUUCUACUUUCCAGCGACUUGUUAAUAUUCUCGGUACGCCUAAAGAUACGCCCGAGCUUCGUGAUAAGCUGCACAAGACAAGAUUACAUAUUGGGCAAUUGGUAAAAGAUACUUCUGCAAAACUUAGGGAAGCUAGUGAAACCGAUCAUGGUAAAGAUGUUGCUCAAAGUAAAAAGAUUGCAGAUGCUAAACUUGCAAAGGAUUUUGAAGCAGUGUUGAAAGAGUAUCAGAAGGCACAGCAUAUUGCAGCUGAAAGAGAAACUUCUUACACUCCUUUUGAUCCAAAAGCCAACCUUUCUUCAAGUGAGGUAGAGAUUGGCUAUGAUAGAUCACAAGAGCAGCGUGUCCUCAUGGAAUCUAGGAGGCAAGAAGUUGUGUUGCUUGACAACGAAAUUUCCUUCAACGAAGCGGUGAUUGAGGAAAGAGAACAGGGAAUACAGGAAGUUGAGCACCAAAUCGGUGAAGUAAACGAUAUUUUCAAAGAUCUUGCGGUGUUGGUUAACUAUCAAGGAGACAUAAUCGAUGAUAUAGGUAGCCAUAUCGACAAUGCACAUUCAGCAACAGCUCAGGGAAAGUCCCAUCUCGUGAAAGCCUCCAAGACACAACGAUCAAACUCAUCCCUGAUGUGCUUGCUAAUGGUGAUAUUCGGGAUCGUUCUUCUCAUCGUUAUCAUAGUACUCGCAGCUUGAGAUGGCAAGAAACACAAUCGUGGUCGUACAUUCAAGAGAAGUCCGGUUUUUGGACAUAGAAGUCUGAGUGUGCGAAGCCAUACUUGUGUCUGUAUAUUCACUCUUGUUGGUGCCGUAUGGUUUGGUUUGACCAAAUUGUAGUUCGUUUCCGUUAGGUCCAGAGAAAAAUAACCAAAGACUAGUGGUUCUGACUAUGUAUAACCUUAUUUCAUUUUCACUAUACACAAGUGACAAGACUUCAGAAACAUAUUUAUAUCAAUUAUACAAAUAGUUUUUGAUUUA